AUGACAUUAGGAUCCUUCAAUUCGACAGAGAGCCCAGUUCGGGCCAAAACUUACCGCCGAAAGAGUUCCCCAAGGAAAAACAAUCGUUUAAAAAACGAUCGAAGCUUCAAAACGAAAGCUUUUCACGACGCCACGACACUGUCGUCGCUGGAUAGCCAUUACAAAGAGAAAACGUCUGUUGCUAUUCCAGUACCGCGACGAAGAAACAGCGAGGGACUCGCUUCGUCUCCAUCAGAGACCCAUUAUGCUGGACCUAAGUUCAGCAGUCCACCACCACCAAGUGUUCUUCCUAAACCACCGUCUCACUGGCUCUCUUAUUCCGACAUGGGCUUACAAACGGAUGUCGCCGCCAUGUCGCAACACCUCCGAAGUCUCCUCAAAGUGGCGUCGUAG